GAUGUCUUCCUCUCAACAAAAAUGGCGGCUCCCUUAACCCUACUUUUUAUUGUAGCUAUUACAAUUAGGGCAGUAUUAUUUAGAUCAAGUUUAGCUGAUUUGAUAACAGAACGGGUUGAGGUAGUAUCUCCACUAAAUGCCUGGAAAAGAGUGGUUGAAGGUUUGGCUCUUUUGGACCUGGGUGUAUCACCAUAUGCAGGGGACGUUUUUCAUGAGACUCCCCUCAUGAUAUACUUCUUCCACUUUGUCAUUGAUUAUGCAGAGAUUGUGUUUAUGAUGGCGGAUGCCCUCACUGCUCUGGCACUGUACUUAGCCGUGAAGGACUACAACAAAAUGGUGUUCAGGAAACAGAAGUAUGCUCUGGAGGGUGACCGAUAUCCUCUGGACUGCCUGGAGCUCAUCCGCACACCCAGAGAGAUGCUCUAUAUCCCUCUGAAGGUAGCCAUGUUUUACUUGUUGAAUCCUUUCACUAUACUCUCCUGUGUGGCAAAAUCCACCUGCGGACUUAACAAUGCAGUCAUCGCACUUUUCAUUCUCUCAACAAUAAAAGGCAGUGCCUUGAUGAGUGCAAUAUUCUUAGCCUUAGCAACAUACCAGUCAAUCUACCCCCUCACCCUGUUUGCCCCAGCAUUACUCUACCUACUACAGAGGCUGUACAUCCCAGUGAACUGGCGAAGGCCUAGCUUCUGGCUAUUUACGACACAGUAUGUCUUCAUGUACCUGGGCAGCCUGGCUGUCAUGGUCUGUCUUUCCUUCUUCCUGCUCAACUCCUGGGACUUCCUGACCUCAGUCUACGGGUUCAUCCUCUCUGUGCCAGACCUCACCCCCAACAUAGGCCUCUUUUGGUACUUCUUUGCAGAGAUGUUUGAACACUUCCGCCUCUUCUUCAUCUGCGUCUUUCAGAUCAACGUGUUCUUUUACACCAUUCCACUCUCCAUCAAGCUAAAGGAGCACCCAGUCUUUCUGAUCUUCAUGCAGAUCGCCAUCAUCUCUAUCUUCAAGUCCUACCCCACCGUGGGUGACAUCGCUCUCUACAUGGCCUUCCUGCCCGCCUGGAACCACCUCUACAGAUUCCUCAGGAAUAUCUUCCUAGUGUCGGUUGUGUUGUUGGCAUGCUCCGCCCUGUUCCCUGUCCUCUGGCAUCUCUGGAUAUAUGCUGGUAGCGCCAACUCCAACUUCUACUAUGCAAUCACCCUGCUCUUCAAUGUGGCACAAAUAUUGCUGGUGUCGGACUACUUCUAUGCGUACCUGCGGAGGGAGCAUCACCUGACCCAUGGCCUCUACCUGAAGAGGAAAGAUGGCAGCGAGGCCACUCUGGUUCUCAAGUAGAUGACCCACAUACAAACACUAACAGGCCAGCAGGAAGGGAUGGAUGACAAACCUGACGGACAGUGUCUCCGAUCACUAUCAGGACCCUUUCAGUAUCUGUGUCUGAGGUCUUCUCCAUAGACCAACACCUUAGUGUCUCUGAAUAUCCUUCAGGAAGAGAAAAGAAGGAUCAUUACUAAGGUUGAAGAGUGAACAUGUUCAGGGACACAUCUGUUUGAGGGUAUCGUUGGCCUGGUUCUUUUGGUUUUCUUGGUCAUACCAUUUUGGGGGUUUUCCUUUUGUUUUUAGGACUCACAUUUGACUACUAUUAAAGACGAGGAGAUUUCUUGAGCAUAUGUGAGACUUAAGGUAUUUGUCUGCAGUUAGUCUCUUUGACCAGCAGAGGGAGUAAGUUGAACAUGAAAACAGCUGUGAUGUAUCAGUGUAUCUAGAGUUUGCUAGAAGAAACAUCCACUAGCCCUGGUUCUUGUUCUUUAGUGCAUUCAACAGAGGAAAAUGCUUAAAACAUUUUGCAGAACGAACAAUUAUUCCUUGUCCAAGGAGUCCAUCUCUGUCCUAGUAGGUUUUCUGCUGUUCUGUGUCUAAUAAACACAACAUUUUCUGUUAAAUUUAGUAAUGCACUAACCACUGUGCUCUACAGUAAUGGUAUGUACAACAUGUUGGUACAAAGUUACUUUUUACUCAGUGUGUGUCUGAAAUUUCCAGUGACAGCAUUGUCAUGACUUGCAUUUUCAUAGGAAAGGGAUUAGUGAUUAGGCAUCUGAUUCUGCAGUGAGUCUGACAGCUCUGCCAUGUGACAUGUGGUUGGACUGAAUUCCUUUCUGUCUGAACUCUUGUGAUGCAUUCCACUUGCUGAAUGUCAUAAGUCUCCAACUUGAAUGUUCAUGCAAUUUAAAAAAAAUACAAAUUAGUGAUUUGUGUACGUAUACACUAUUUAUUGCCAACGCUGUUUUUGUUCUAAAAUUUAUUUUGGAAUAUGGAGGAGUACAGAGGUUAUUUUCUUAUGUUUGUCAGGGAUUUAUUUUCUUUUUACAUUAUAUUAAAGAUUUAGGGAUUUAUUUUGGGGGAUUCUGAAGCAUUUAAUGUUCUACUUGCUGAAUGAGAUGUUUUAGGAUGAACACAAAAUGCGGUUAGUUGCUGUUUUGUUUUUUGUUUGGCAUACAUACAGGUAUGUGACUCAAAGCUUAUUCGGGAUCCUACUACAGCAUCCAUUUUAAUCCAUAGCAGCAGGUGUGGAUACUAAUUUUUGCCUCAUGAUCAAUUAAGAACCAACAUUGUGGUCAGUCAUUAUCUCAUGUCAGGCCUCUCUUCUGGAGUGUUCCAGACCUUUGUCCUGUUAAGGCUGUGUCCUAUGUCCAAGUCUUCCCCUGGGUCUCCACAUGAUUUUCAAGCAAGUCACUCAGACUGUUGUGAAUAACCAGAUUUCAGGGAGCUUUAGACUUUUUUUUUUUUUCUUUAUCGAGUGCCACGUUGUUUAAAUGUGUGCUUUAAAUAUUCCCAAUUCCGGAAAUGUUAUGCCAAAUGUUUUCUUCACAUUUUUUAUGUUAUUAUUGUAACUUUAUGGUGGACUCAUUUUAUCACGCAUGAAAACAUAAACCCACUUUUUUGACCUAGACUUUGUCUCGCCGACUUAUGGCACACAGACAGUAUUCAUGUCAUGCUUACCUAAGCCCUUCAUCUGGUUGGUAGUUAUGACACUGGAUUUAUAGUGGGCGUGUAUCCAGUUUUGUUCAAGCUCACUUAGUCAGAGAAUGGUGCUUGUAAUGCCAGAGUUGUGGGUUUGAUUCCCACAAAGUGCUAGUCUGGAAAUAUCUAAACUGUGUAAAAUUAAGAAAGACAUUUUUUGAAGAAAAUAGCCCUUUGUCAGUGUGAAACACUUUUGGGGACCAGAGCUGUGGAUCAUGUAAAACUGAGACAGCCACUUAGAUUGCUGGAAGACCCCUUGGUCACAUGAUUCAUUCCUUUUAACCGAGAAGUCAUUGUAAGAAACCCCAACCAAUAUAGAUAAAACUUGAAACUUGAAAACCUUGAUUACUUUGGAAAAUGUUCACAGUGCUAUGUAUGCAGAACAUGUUUUCUAAAUUCAAAUCACUGGCAUUUUUAUUUUUACUCAGUAAAAACAUGCUGGUUUCCCUUUGAAAAAAAAACUUCUGUAGCCUAUGGCUUGUUGAAUUGGCUUACAUAUAUUAAAUAUAUUUCACAAAGUUUUGCUACUAAAUAAAUCCCCAUGUUUAUAUAUAACAUUAAUGAGUGGAUUCAGUAAUUAUAUAGCUAGCCUACAUCAAGUACUUUCAGUAUUAGAGGAAUAAGUCACCAACUUGUUUUUUUAAAAGUAAUGAAGAAACUUAAAUCAAAUGAAGGGAAUAUAGGACAUAACCAUACUGUAAAAUUGGUAAAUAAAAUAGAUUUGUCUUUUUUUAGUUUGUUUUUAUGUGAGGGGGUUGCAAUACUAUUUUUUUUAAAUGAUUUAUAAAUGGAAUUUAUAUGAAGACAUUUCAUUUAUUUUUGGUUUGUUUGAAUUUCAUUUCUAGACUGUGGAAUAAUCGCUUGGCUUAUCUCUAUAUUGUAUAACAUUGUAUUGUUGAUUGCUUGUUUCCAAUUGGCUAGAGGUGAGUUCUAGAAUGUACAUUCAUUCUUAACAUGUGGGACUGUUGGCUGUCGUCAGAACAGAUUUACAGGACAUCUUAAUCAUGACGUAAAAGGCCACAAAACGACUACAUUUAGAAAGCAUUAAACGCCUCCAUAAAAUAUCUUUAUGGUAUUUUUCUCGCUAAUACCACAGUUGCCUAAAACAAAAAUGUUUAUAUAUAAGUUAAAUAUUAUAGCAAAAACUUUGUUUUUGAAUAUGUUUUUUAUUCAGGAAUUUUUGCUUUGUCUUGUUUGGUUAACUGUGAAUAUGACCCAGUUCUGUUUCUAUAAAAAAAAUUAUAAUAAUGUUGUUUGUUGGCAGCUAUGGUAGAAGCAGGAUAAAAAUAAUUCCAGUCAGUGUCAGUCCUGUUGGUGAAAAUUACUUGGAAGAUGGGAGAGGUUGAAGGAGAAUGGCAAGAAUCCUCUUGCAAGCAUGGGCUACAAAUAGGCAAAAAGAAUCCCAGAACAACAUAUUGGAAUGUAAAAAUCUUUGGUCCUUGUCAUAAACGGCCAUUGCAGCAGUUCAAUGCCCAGGUUCACGACUUCUGUAAUUGUGUGACCUGUGCACUCUUAAGCCCUAGAUCCAAAAGAGCAUCUUGGAAUGGGAUAAAACAGGCAUUUUGCAGAAUUACUGUACCAUCAGCAUAUGUGCAGCAACUUGGUUCUGCCAUCAUGUUUGCAUGGACUAACAUCGAAGUGGAAUGUUUCAGAUAUCUUGAGCCUAUGCCUUGAAGAAUUCCGGAUGUAGUGGAGUCAUCUGACAUGUUACUAAAUAGAUGUACAAAAGAAACAUGCCACUCAGCAUAGUUGUAUGUGAAAUAUAUUAAUGACAUUUGCAAUAUAUAACCUACAUUACA